UCUACAAUGAUAAUCGUUUCUGAUGCCUGACUCUCGAUUAGAUAGUAACUACCAAUAAAUACCUAUCCAAGAUCCUGUGAUUUUCAGUUACUUCGAACAGUGAAACGAGCAGCACAUACCAAAAAGCAGAAAUGGCAAUUCUCACCUAUGUAUACGUCUUCGCGGUGCUCUUCAUUGCUGAUUCGAUGCAAUCAUCAUACGUGCCCUGUAAUGCCGGUCCAUCCCCCGUAAGCGUGGAGAUCUUGGGAUGUUCCUCUUUGCCCUGCAAUUUGGUGAGAGGAACGAACGUUCAGGCUGACGUUGUUUUCCAUGCUGUCGAGAAUGCAAAAUCCCUGAAGCCAGUAGUAGAUGUUCAACUUGGAGGUGGCCAUGUCCCAUAUCCAUUACCGGAACAAAAUGCCUGCAAGGGUCUUGUAAAUGGACAGUGUCCAUUGCAGAAAGGACAAUCAGCUACCUACCGCUUGAAAAUGCCCGUUGAAAAGAGUUACCCAAGAAUCUCUUUGACUAUCCAACUGUCUUUGGUUGAUGAACAAAACAAACCCCAAGUUUGCUUCAAGAUCCCAGCGAAGGUUGUCGACUGAACUAUUUGACGGACUACGAUUGAAAUCAUUCUUUGAUUCGAUGAUAUACUUAUGUUUCUCUUAAAUUGUUAUAUUAAAUGUUAAAUAUAUUGUAAGAAUCAAA